AGCGAAACUGCCAAUUUCUAUAAACGGUUUGUAAUAUGGCUCUCGAAAAAGCAUUAAUUUCUGCCGGCAUAGAUAUUCUAUCAUCUACGGUGGGCUUAGUGGCUGGCAAAGUUUACGACCAUUUAACAAAUAAACUCAAGGACGGAGAUGUAGCGAAUGAAAAAUUGCGUCAAAUGAUUGUUCGAGAUUUGAACGACAUCAAGUCAAAACUUGAUUGUAUCUCGUUGAAAGAUCUCGGUGCCAGUUAUACUUUCCUAAGAGAAGGAGUAAGAGUGUUAAAUCUUGCUCUUGAUAAGUGGAAUGAAGAUCAGAAAGCGAGCGAGGGUCCAGCAAACGAAGCAACACGAGUUAUGAAUGAUACCGAAUCUGGUAUUUUGAACGCAGCCUUAUCACUUCCUCAAGCGAUUCAACGAUUAAAAAUCUCGCCCGAUAAGCGGUUCGCUGAUGCUCAAGAUUGUUUCAACAAAUCUCGCGAGGCAGCCACACAUGCGUUCAACAACAAAUCUCUGAGCAUCAAAGAUCGAAUUAUGGCUUGCAAGUUACGUGUGGCAGCCAGUAUUCUUGAAUCAGGUCUUGAAGACCCGGAAGUCGCAAUUACUGCCUGCUUGUUGACACUCGAAGAGCUACAUGGUUUACCAGAAAUCCAAGAAAUGUUCGCAGUUUUUCUCAAGGGAGGACUGAAAUCAAUGCUGAAGAAAGCUGAACGUUUAGAAAACAUAAUGUCUGUUUUGUUCAUCAAUCAUGCUUUAUAUGAUUUCGCUUCCAAGUAUAGCAGUAAAUCUGCCAACCCAUUUACCUGGCCUGAAAUAGAGUUGAAGGAUCGUACAUUUCAUCCAAUCCUAAACACACAUGAGAUUCUGACAAAGACGUCCAGUAGUGAAGAAUUUGUCCAACAACUGAAACGAGUGGUUGUUGAUUGGAGGGCCUAUGGUAAAUACUUAGCUGUGAAUAGCCGUGGUGAAAUUAUUCUACUAGAUAAAGACAAAAUCACGGUUAUUUACAGCACAGGUGAAAGCAAGGAUUUUACGCUUCCCGUUCCUACAGAAAUUAACGCUGUUACACAACGGAGCAUGGAUAUUGCUGUUGAUAGCAAUGACAAUGUGUACGUCGUAACAGCGCUUACGACACCUAAUAAAUGUGGCAUAUUUUAUAAGACAGAGUUUGUGUUGCACGCUUUUGACGAGAAUUACAACAUCAAGCAUGUCUCCGUAUUGGAUUUCAUCAGUGGAGAACUAGGUCAAUACGUGAACAUUGCUGUUGACAAAAACCAAAACGUAAUCAUGCUCACAUAUUGUGAUGACGAGGUAUAUAUCUGUGAAAAUACAGGAAAGUUAAAAUUUCAGUUUAAACGAGAUGGAUAUGACCUAGUACACAGCUUAAGUAUUUCUAACAACAAUGACAUCUUGACAGUAUCAGAUGAUGGCAGAGCUGUUCAAAUAUACUCAACAGAAGGUAACUUAAAAUCCACAAUAAAAGUACCAGAAGGUCAUAAAGUCGUGCAGGUGGCAUUUCAUGAUGGCAUUUGUAAAAUAAUUGUUUUAACUUAUGUUAACAAACAAGAUUCCUGGUUCUUGCUCAGUUACUCUGAAACAGGUGAACUGGAGAAUUCAGUGUUUUUUAGUAAGCGAGAUCCAGAACAAUAUAAGUUGGAAAUAGAUAUGAAAGGUCAUCCAUGCGGAGCAGUUGCUGUUAAAGUGCGCAACAAGAUCACAUUGUUGUAAGUACAUCAACGUCUUAGCUUUUCAGCUUGAAACUGAAUUAUUUAACUGAAAACCAAGAUCCUGACAGCACGAACUAACCCCACAAAGCGAAGUUCAAAAACAAAACAGACGAUCGGAUCUUGAAAAGUUAACAAUCUUCCGUUUUGAUAAAUGUCAUGAACUGGGAUUUUAUCAAUUUAACAAUUAAACAUAUAUCUUAAUAUAGAAUCAUAUUCAAGUCAAUAUUAGACAAGUAAUGUAUCGAUCUUAUUAACAUAUACUUCAAUUUAUAAUAUCAUUUUAGCAGAGUAUCAUCUUUUGAUGGAUGUGUUUUAUUUAGUCAUAUGAUAAUAAUAUUAGUGCAGUUUUUAUAAACAAUGAAGGGCCCAGGUUUAAAACAUUGUGAAACACCACAUUGAAACGCUUAAACAUUGGACAUGUUUUUUCAAGGAAAGAUUUUGCAAGUCAAUCAUGAAUAGCGAGCAAAAAAUUUCAUAAAAAAAGUCAAGCUCAUACAUAUUUCUCCCUUUGCUAUAAACCAUUGCAGAAAUUUAUGUCAUGUUUUGUCCAUUACAGUCUGUAGAAAUAGGCAACUAGAUAUUUACAGAAUGAUUGACAUAUUGACUUGGUACUUUACUAAAUGGUCAAUCAAAUACCUGGCUUCUAUAGUGUACAAGAAAAAGUUGUCUCGUUUAUAAACAUGGCCUAUAAACAUG